AUGGUCGCCAACCAACUAACUGCCGGGCAGCCUAUAUUCACUCUUGAUCUGUGUGAUCUAUUUGAUGCCAACUGGACCAGGGUAAUCUAUGCCGGCCAGACUGCAACCGGAGGGACUACUAUAGAUGGGGGGUGUGGCUCCAUUGACCUGGAGGCUCGCCUUUGGGACAUACCCUAUUAUGUAUGUCCCAAAGAAGACAGCCCCACCAACUGCAGAGGAGAACCAUAUUUUUUCUGUGGGUUGUGGGGGGAAUGUCUGACAGCAUCUCCAGGGAGGGAUGGUGAUAAGCACCUGAAAGUCACAAGAGUGAUUCGACCAGGUGGCCCGACCGAACCAGGUACUUGCUAUAUUGGAGACUGUAACCCUGUGGAGGUGAUGGUCAAAACUUGGAAUGAGACUGAUUCAUGGAUGAGAGGGAGAAUGUGGGGCAUUAAGAUUCCUUUUUCUGAAAAGGACUUUGGGACAUUAUUCACUAUUCAACUGCGGAUGCUGCCAUGGACUCAGAAUCCUAUUGGGCCCUUGAGACCCAUAAUUUUAGGAGAAGACCCCCGACCUACUCUCUCCCCCUCUCUACGGAUGGGGGGAGAGAAUGAGACUAAUGGGGAUCAGACUGACAUUGCACCAAGUGGCACUAAACUGACUGACGCAGAACCUUUGCAUCCCAGGGUGAAGCCACUAGUGAAAACUGUAGAAUUAAUGUAUUACCUUUUGAAUGAGUCUGACCCUAACAUAACCAGAAACUGCUGGCUGUGUUUACACCCUGAGCCUCCUUAUUACAUAGGUGUGGCUGCCUCUGCAGGAAUAGGUAGCCAGAAGGGAGACAUAAGGAAGCUGGCUCUAUCCUCUAGCAACUCUAAGGGCCCAGAAUGUAAGUGGGGAGUACAGCCCCACAUGACACUGGGAGAUAUCCAGGGAACAGGAACUUGUAUUAUCACAGCCAACUAUAAAUUGGAAUCCUCCCCGUACAGGGGAAAUUGCAACCUAACCAUUAAAGUUAGUAAGACUCAAGAGUGGGCGACCCUCCUCAAAGCCCCUGAGGGGACUUGGUGGGCCUGUAAUUCGGACAUGACCCCCUGCAUCACCCCCUACGGAAUGACCAAAGAGGACCUCUGUGUUUUGGCCCAUAUCCUGCCCCAUGUAUACUAUUCCCAUGGCGAAGAAGGGUGGGCUCACCUUGAACGGCAAGGAACAGACUACCUCGGACCAAUAAGAUGGAAACGUGUCCCGAUAGUAGUUCCUAUACUCGUGGGGAUAGCCAUAGCAGGGACAGCGGCAAUGGGAGCUGCAGCCCUAGCUAAGGAGACUACUCUAGUACAGUUAGAUCAGCAGAUCAAUCAAGAUAUGGCCACACUAGAGGGCACUAUUGAAUCUCUCGAAGGGUCCCUAUCUUCAUUGGCCGAGGUGGUCCUGCAAAAUCGUAGGGGACUUGAUUUGUUAUUCAUGAAACAGGGUGGGUUAUGUGUGGCCCUGAAUGAGGCCUGUUGCUUUUAUGCCAACCACUCCGGAAUGGUGAAGAAAACUUUAAGUGAGGUCAAGAAAAGAAUAGAAGAUAGAGAUAACCGUCUAAGGGACCUGAGCAAGGACAGCUGGUUCGCAAAUCUAUUUUCUUGGCCCUCUUGGUUAAAAACACUAAUUAGUUCCCUGGCAGGGCCUCUGAUCACCCUACUUCUACUUCUUACCCUGGGGCCUUGUCUAUGGAGGUCUUUGAUCUCCUUGAUUAAAAGGAGAACUGAGAAGGUUAUGCUCCUGGAGUCUCAAUGCAAGAUUGCCAAGGCAAAUUCAGUAUCCAGAUGCAUAGCAUAUGCAUAUGAAACACAGACCAGUUUUGAAAGACAUAGUACAAAAGCAAUGCCAAUUAUAAGCAAAUUGACCUUACCUGAAGUGAGCGAGCCCAUCACUGGAGGCUUGUACUUUCAGCCACUAGAGCCAAUCAGAGGAACUGUGUCCUGUGUGCUCUCCAGAUGCUGA